AUGAUAACAGCCGCUCCUAAAACAGGUUGUAUGCGAACAAUGUUAAAGUUAUUUUUUAUAACAAAAUUUAAACAAUUGUGUCAUUACAAUAAUAAUCCAAUGCGUUUCCAUUCUACUUCAUACAUUCAACCGUCAUCAGCAAAACAUUCUUUAAUACCAAUUUUAGAUUUAACAAAUUCAUAUCGGUUUUCGACUGAUCGUAUAGAAUUAGCCCAUGAAAUCGAUGAAAUAUGUAAAAAUAUUGGCUUUUUUAUUAUCACAGGACAUUCCAUAAGUGAAAAAAUACAAGAUGAUAUGAUGAAAGUGUCAAAACAGUUUUUCGAUUUACCAUUACCAUUAAAAAAGGAGAUUUCUGGCUCAAAAGACUAUCCUUAUGGUUAUAACGGUUUGAAUGAUGAAAAUUUAUCUCGAGGAUAUGGAAAAUCAUCAUCAUCAUCAUUAGCAGAUAUAAAAGAAAGUUUUUCGAUUGGACCCUAUAAUGAAGAUCCAAUACGUUGGCCAACAAAACCUGAGAAUAUGUCAACAAUUUGGUUACAAUAUUAUAAAGAAUGUGAACGUUUAGCUCAACAUUUAUAUAAUAUAUUUGCAUUAGCAUUAAAUUUAGAUUUAAAUUGGUUCGAUCAAAAAAUAGAUACACAUCGUUCAGCAUUACGUUCAUUACAUUAUCCGUCAGUUUCAUUGCCAUUAAUAGAUAAUCAAUUUCGUUCUAGUGUCCAUACUGACUAUGGAUCAUUUACAAUACUAAAACAAGAUUCAAUUGGUGGAUUACAAGUAGAAAAUCGUCUUGAUGGAAAAUGGAUUGAUGUGCCAUUUGUGCAAAAUAGUUUUGUUAUAAAUUUAGGUGAUUUAAUGUCUCGUUGGACGAAUGAUCGCUGGGUAUCAACACCACAUCGUGUUAUUGUCCCAUCACAAAAUUCAAAAGAUGGUUUUUCUGUAGCACGUCAAAGUAUUGCCUACUUUAGUCAAAUAAAUCCAAAUGAAAUUGUUACAUGUAUUCCAACAUGUUGUUCUGUCGAUAAGCCAGUGAAAUAUCCACCAAUUAAAUCAUGGGAUUUAGUCAUGGAGAAAUAUUUAGCAUCAACAGGAAAAAAAAUUAAAUAA